AUGUCACCCUCCUCCCCGUACCAGGUGCCUUCGCGGAACGAUGGGAGCUACAAAUCACCGGCACCGAUGUCCCCGGCUCCGCCCGUCCCGCCACGGAGGGUCCGGUGUCGGGACUGGGGCUCAAGCGGGAAGACGCGGCGAUCCGGAGUAGGGUCAGCGGGAGCAACAGGAGCGGAGAGGCGGGUGAAGUGCGUACUGGUGGGGGACGGAGCUGUGGGGAAAACCAGCCUGGUGGUCAGCUACACCACAAAUGGAUAUCCUACCGAGUACGUCCCGACCGCGUUUGACAACUUCUCAGCAAUGGUAUCAGUGGAUGGGCAUCCAGUCAAACUACAACUCUGUGACACAGCUGGACAGGAUGAGUUUGACAAGCUGCGUCCUUUGUGUUACACCAGUGCAGAUGUCUUCCUGCUGUGCUUCAGUGUCGUCAGUCCCGCUUCUUUCCAAAAUGUUCCUGAAAAAUGGGUGCCAGAGAUUCGAAAACACGCCCCUUUGGCUCCACUUGUUCUCGUCGGGACGCAAUGUGACCUCCGAGAAGAUGUCAAGGUCCUCAUAGACCUGGCUAAAUACAGAGAACGUCCUGUGGACCCCAUGGAUGCUCGUGACUGUGCAAUGGAGAUUGGAGCUGUGGCUUACAUGGAGUGCUCUUCUUUGACGCAAAAAAAUCUCAAGGAAGUGUUUGACACGGCCAUACUGGCCAGUCUGCAGAAUAACAGCUCUCGUAAGCAGCCGAGAGGGAAACAAAAACGGAGGAAAAAACAAAGGCAGAAACCGGACAAGAUGAAAAGCCUAUCAAAGUCAUGGUGGAAAAGCUGGGUCUGGACUCUGUCAGCACAGAAAAUCAGCUUUCUCUCUAAAGAAGCCUGAUACAGGACCUUUGCUGGAUUGUGGAAGGGAACCAAGUAAGACUGUCCCAGACGUGAAAUGUUUUUGUUCAUAUUAUGGAUAAGAUUUACUACUGAGCCUCUAGUGUGAGCCCUUUGCAGGGUUCACCUUGUGUUUCCUUCACCUGAACUGGUUCUCUUCUGAAAACAGCAGAAGAUGUGAUGGUAUUGUUCAGGAUUUGACUGGUAUUAAGUUGAAGAAGAACAUGAACUGUUUUUUCUGUGGAGUUCUGGUCAAAUCCCCUCCCAGACCUAUUAUGGAUUUUUGCGGCCUUGUAUGUGGCCUUGAAAUGAACUGGACUGUCAGCAGAAUAUGUGUUAUUGGUGACCUAAAUGCAACUAUAUCCAGUCAGUCAUUGUUCUAAAUUGCAUCUUACUUUAGACUGCUUUCAAAUAGAGCUGCCCUCAAAACCAAACUUUAUCAUCUAGGAUCAUUUAGGAUUUUCUGGCCCAGACAUGAUCACCAGACAUAAUUAAAGUCCAGCCUGUAACUAAUUUUAGUGCUACUUUUUUUUUCUUAUAAAUGGGGCCAUUGUUAUUCCAAUAGAAAAAAAAAAAAAAAAAAAAAACUAACUCAUUACGACUCUGUCCUGGCCAAAUGCACAGUUUACUGUUGUGCCACAUAAAAAAUAGUGAGAAUGUUUCACCUUUUAAUUUAGUCCUGAUCUCAGUAAUUCAUAGAUGAUUCAUAUUUUAAUUUUUGUAUGGUUUUCUUUAUGUCCUGCGAAGAUUUGGCUUCAGUUUGGAUCAAAUUUAUUCUGCAUACCUCAUGAGGGUAAAAUCACUCAUGCAUUGAUCAAAGCAGAGAUUUCCAAACAACCAUACAUUUGAAGGCAUUGUCUGUAUAUCCUAACACAGGCUUUGUUCUUUAACAGCAGGUUGUAUUUUUAUUCACAAUCCCCUUUGGGUUUGCUCUUGGUAACCAUGAUAAUUUAUCAUCCGCAUCUAUCUGACAUUGAAGGCUUAACUAAACAGUCUGAAAAUGUAGUGGUGCCAGUGUGGGUUGGUUAAUUAUAAAUCUUAUUUCAGUGGUGGCAGAUUCUUGUCUGGGCUGCACUUGACCUUAAUCAGGAUGAAGAAAAUUUUGCAAUUUCUAAUAACAUUUUUCCACAAGGCACAACUGUUCUCAGUAAAGUAGCAGACGAGAGCCUCUUUUCAAAUGAAAAUGGAAAAUCUUAGAUUGCAGACAUGUUUGAUUUUAAUAGACAUCACAAAACCAGUAAAA